UGGCAGCGAUUCCGGACGUGACACAAGCCUCCACGUCAUUGCACAUAAUUUUGAUAAGAAGUAUUUUUGCACCAUAUCUUUAGCAUCUCCUGCUUGAGUGACGGUGUAGAACUGUUGCAUCGCGGAUCUUGUGCGUUUUUAGAAAAUGCGGCUGCUUGUUUUAGCCGGCCUUCUACACUGUUUGUCUGCCUACGAGGUAGAUCACAAGAAGCUGGAAGGUCUGGCAAAAGCGAAGGUGGAGACCUGUGGAGGGUGACAGCUCAACCGGCUGAGGGAGGUCAAAGCCUUUGUGACUCAGGACAUCCCUCUAUACCACAACUUGGUGAUGAAGCACAUUCCAGGGGCUGAUCCUGAGCUUGUUCUGCUCAGCCAUUACUAUGAAGAACUGGAUCGGAUCCCUCUGUCAGAUAUGACUCGCUCUGAAAUCAACGAACUGUUGGGGUCACUGGGGUUCUACAAGAAGGCCCAGCCGGACGACCCGGUUCCUGAGGAGUUCCAGUUCUCCCCAGCGAAGGACAGCCCCUGGCGAGAGAAGCAGGAAUCUCAUGUUCAGUCCUCCCACACCACGUCUCCGGAUUCAAAGAUACCCCCUGAGACUUCAGCUCCUGAAUCUGGCCAUUCAGACUUGUAGCCCAAAUCUGAGGGGUCUGUGAGACCCCUGAACCUUCUCACACACCUAUGUUGAAACUUAAAUCUUUUCAGUGCACACAAAAGGAUGUUGCUUGUUGCUCAUGUGAUUCUGUCACCCUCUGCCUUCCAGAGAACAUAAUGAUGCCCUGGGCCGCAAAUCAAAACGAUUGGCCAGGAGCUGAUGAUGCGUGUUUUGGUGGGCAGAAACCAGACUCAUCUGAGUGAGACAAGCAGAGGUGUGUCUCAAUAAAAUCACCAAAACUCCA